AGAAAAAAAAAGAUAACUUUACAGAUUCUGCUCCAUAGGCUUACUUUGGGCUGCCUUUCCGCCCAGAGCUGGCACAUCUUCCAUCAAAACCAACUAUUCUGCAUCCGUCCAUCGAAUCUCUCACUCUCACUCCCCCCCUCUACCUCUUUUCCCUUUUCCUUCCCUCAUCCCCUUUCACUAUACUACUGUCUCUCUCUCUCUUUCUCCUUCUCUCCCUACGGUCAAUCUCUCCUUUCGUUUGGUUCCUUUCCUCGAUCCCCUUUCCAUUUUUAAUUGUCCUGUGGUGAUUCCCCUUACUUUCGUUUUCUUUAGUCCUUUUCCUUAUCGCAAGAGUCCUUUUUUUUCUUUUUGAAUCAUCGCGAAUUCGCCCUGGCUUCGGUCGUGAUAUUGCGCUCUUUCGUCCCGUGGUAGGCAGCGUCAAUCGCGCCUCCAGUCGUUGUCCUGGAGUUUCAUUCUCCCAGAUAAAUCUCGUUUCUCGCCUUUAUUUCGACUCUGGGUUGGCGGGAGAGCUUCCUUCCAUAUUUGAUUGCUAAUUAUGGCUCCUCCGCCGCGCUUGCGCAUUUUAUCAGUCGGCAGCAAUGCUAUCUCGGCUUUCCUGUCGUGGAGACUUCAGGCGACAACCUCCUGCGAUGUGACACUGGUCUGGAAAUCUGGUUACGAAGCAGUAUCCCAAUAUGGAGUAUCCUUCAAGUCGAAAGCUUUCGGCAAUGAGCGUUUUAAACCCCGUCACGUUGUUCGGACACCCGAAGAUGCUGCAUCUCGCGAGAAUGCAUUUGACUACGUUAUCUUAUGCGUCAAGGCACUUCCCGAUGUUUACGACCUGGCAGCCGUCAUCGAAUCCGUCGUUACCCCUCAACAUACGUGUAUUCUCGUAAACACGACGAACACACUAGGAGUAGAAUCACACUUGGAGCAGCGCUUUCCUACAAACGUCGUUCUUUCGCUUGUGUCAGGAGUGGAAAUCUCUCAGAUUGGAGCCAGCGAAUUUGAGCAUCUGAACUCAUCGGAGAUCUGGGUGGGUGCGACACAUAAACAGACCAGUAUUCCUUCCUCGAUUCAAAAUGAUAUGGCGGCUGCGCUGGCGAUGACACUGGCUUCUGGUCAAGUCGACUGCAAAGUAUCCGAAAACAUCAGACAGGAACAAUUCGAUCGUAUGAUAGGGCCUAUCGCUUUUUACCCCACCAGUGUAAUGUUCGAAACCUCCAACCACGCACAACUUCUCGAGAAGGUCGGAGUCCGCCAGCUUGUGUUGGAUAUCAUCGAGGAGCUUCUUCAGCUGGCACGUGCGAACGCGUGCUCUUUCCCAAGUGACUUCGCUCAGAAGACGAUCGAGACGAUGACCGCUAACGGUGCACCGAAUACGAUGUAUCAGGAUUUCCAGUCGCGCCGUCCCAUGGAAAUAGAGACGUAUCUUGGAUCUCCGGUCAAAUUGGCGACUGAAUCAGGUGUUCGUGUCCCGCGGAUCGAGACUCUCUAUGCAGUUCUUCAUCAUGUCAAUGCCAUGAAUUUGAGUAAGCCCCGGACAAAUGAAUCUCCCCCACCGGUACUGGCUCAACCACCACCACGGAUGUCUUCGGCACCUCCGCCGAGAGGUAUGAAUGGUCCUAUGCGUGGCGGUAGAACCCCCUCCGGAAUGAUGCCUAGACGCGGGCCUCCUCCACCGGGUAUGUCUAGGCCUCCGAGCGCACAGCCUCAAGCGGCCAGAAUGCCUCCUCGUGAUCCAUCAUUGGAAGGACUUGAGGAGUUCAGUCACCUCGUCAUGUAUGAUGACGCUGCUUCAGCCGCGGCUGUAGCCGCAGAGAAUGGGCUACCUCAGAACGGCACUAACGGCUAUCCUGAUAUGCCCCCUGGGCCUCCAUCUUCCGCAGCAGACCUGGCUUUAAGGGAACGAGAACUGGCGAUCCGACAGCGCGAAUUACAGAUUAGGGAGCAGGAAAUGGGCAUGCGUCGAGGAGGCCCUCGACGCCCUCCACCUCCGAGAUCAACGUUUGAUGAGGAGGACGAAGAUGAUUAUUUCGACCCAAUGGAUGCGUUACCCAUCCCAUCAAUCGAUCCGGACCAAGUGGAUAUGUUGAGUCUCACAUCACGACGGGCAAAGAAAUCGGCUCCUAGCGCCAGCCAAUUCCGUAAAAACCCCGAAAUCACUGUAAAUAACGGCGGCGGCGGUGGCAGCAGGCCCGGGUCGUCUUUCAGUCGAUACUUUGGAGGAAGGAAACGUACCAGCGAUAGGAUCAUGCAGGAAAUCCCUGGUCUUCACGAUUCUCUCAUGGACAAUCCUAUGAUGGCAUACUCAUCUAAUCGCUACGGAGCGGUUGACAGAAAUCAUAUUCAGGCGGGAUCGCGUGCCAACUCGCUGACAGCCAGCCGAAUGGGUGACUACCCGCCACAUCCUUAUCCAACGAGCAGGAGGAACAGCCAAUCUCCGGCGACUCCUCCGUAUGGCCCACUCGGCCCUCGAAUGGGCCGACCAUCAACCUCUCAAGAUCAAAGCUUAGGCCCACCGAGCGGUCCUCGAGGCGGCCAACCCUCGCCGCCCGGACACAUGCGGGCGCCGGUCCCUAGACACCCGCCUGGACAAGGUAAUGCGGUAGGUCCGCAGCAAGUUGAGCAACAUUAUGGGGUGAGCAACUCGUCUUUAGCCAAGGGCACUCCCAAGCAUAGAAGUCUGACCGGAAGUGCGAGCGCCAGCGCGGAGAGUGGUGAUAGCGGGGCCAGUGCGAAUAUUGAUUCGGAAACCUCGGCCCAUAGCAGCCAAAUUAGCUUGAAUACCCAACAAGCUGCGACGCCCGUUCGUUGA